UGGCUUGACGCAUCUUCAUCGUCCUCCUCCUCCUCCUCCUCCUCCUCCCAGCGCCUCUGUCACGUUGCGCGGAUCCGACGCAUCUUUAAAGCCGGAGCCGUCGGAGAGGACGAGCCGCCUGCUCACCUGAGAGAGAAGCAGCUUUUAAUCAGACAGAGGAGGAGAAGACGCUCCUGUGAAUGGACUUGUGUUUCCCAUGGAAGACAGCCACAGAGGCAGGGACAGCCAGCUGCGUCCUUAGCCGCGUUCAGCGCGCCUUCCUGCCGCGUUCAGCGCGCCUUCCUGCCGCUGUGCGCGUCCGACUGUGCCAUGUGAAGCGGGAGGUGGAUGUGGGCAUGAGGAGGAGCAGGUAAAAGGGCUUGUUGGUGAUGGUGCUCAGUUUGCCGUGAUGCUGGGGAAAAGAGACAUGCGACGGCCCGCCCGGCUCCGCUGCCACCUCCUCCUGGGCGGGGCCUUCCUGCUGCUCCUGGCCAGCUCCGCUCUGAGCUGCCCCGCCCGAUGCGAGUGCUCUGCCCAGACCAAGUCGGUCAGCUGCCACCGCAAGCGCCUGCCCAGCAUCCCUGAAGGCGUGCCCAUCGAGACGCGCGCCCUGGACCUCAGCAAGAACAAGCUGCGCCUGGUGACGGCGUACAACUUCUCCUCCUUCCUGCAGCUGGAGGACCUGGAUCUGAGCGACAACCUCAUCAGCGUGGUGGAGCCCGGCUGCUUUCACUCCAACCUGGCCCUGCGCUCGCUCAACCUGCGCAGCAACCAGCUCAUGCUGGUGGCCAAAGGGGUUCUGACGGGCCUGACCAACCUCACCCACCUGGACCUGAGCCACAACCGGCUGGUGAUUCUCCUGGACCACGCCUUCCAGGACCUGCACAGGCUCACCUUCCUGGACGUUGGUAACAACCAGCUGGUUUUUAUCUCUCAGCGGGCCUUCACGGGGCUGCUGGGGAUCCAGAGUCUGACCCUGGAGCGCUCCAACCUGACGGUGGUGCCGACCGACGCUUUGUCCCAUCUGCACAGUCUCAUCGAGCUGCACAUGCGCUUUCUCAGCGUCAGCUUCCUCAAGCCUUUCUCCUUCAAGAGGCUCACUCGUCUCCGCCACCUGGAGAUGGAUUUCUGGCCCUUGCUGGAGACUCUGCCUCCGCUCUCACUGCACGGCCUCAACCUGACAACCUUGUUCAUAACCAACACCAACCUGUCUGCCUUUCCUGGUGCAGCGCUGCGCAACCUGCCCUACCUCACGCACCUGAACCUGUCCUACUGCCGCAUCCAGCACAUCCACCAGGGAGAGCUCGGUCAGCUCCCCCAGCUGCUGGAGCUCCGCCUCCAGGGGGCUCAGCUGCUCUCCAUCGAGCCCCUCGCAUUUGUGGGCCUUAAAUCCCUUCAGCUGUUGGAUGUGUCCCAGAACCGCCUGGACUCUCUGGAGAGGGGGGUGUUUGCCUCGGCGGACACCCUGCAGAGGCUCUGCCUGGGUGGAAACCCGCUGGUGUGUGACUGCAGGUUACUCUGGCUGCUCAGCAGCCACAGGCCCGCAUCUCUGCAGAUUCUGGACAUCCAGCCUGAGUGCAGCGCGCCGCAGCACCUCCUGGGCAAAAGUCUGCGUGACCUGAAGGAGCCGCUGGUGUCCAGGUACAUGACCUGCACCAAGCCACGGAUCGGACCCAACGCCACGCAGCUGCUGAUGGCCGACGAAGGCCAGCCGGCGCGUCUGAGCUGCACGGUGGAGGGAGCGCCGCGGCCCUCCGUGGUCUGGAUCACGCCUCAUAGACGCUACGUCACCACCAAAAGCAGCGGCAGGGUGGAGGUGCAACAAGACGGCACCCUGGAGAUCAAGGCGGCCGAGCUGCACGACAGCGGCGUGUACUUGUGCAUCGCCAGCAACCCCGCCGGCAACGCCAGCCUGUCUGCGUCCUUAGCGGUGAAGAGCCUGGGAACGGGGGACAGGCUUCACUACAGCAACAGGAGCUCCAACUACCUGACAGACUCUAACAGCACAUGGGGGAACGGAACAGUGUUGUACAACAUGACAGUUCCUAUUGACAUGAAGACUAUCCUUAUAUCCACCGCUAUGGGCUGCCUGUCCUUCCUCGGCGUGGUGGUGUUCUGCUUCCUGCUGCUGUUCGCCUGGAGCCGGGGCAAAGGACGCCACAGGAACAACUUUGAUAUCGAGUACGUCCCCCGUAAGUCCAACGGGGCGGCCGCAGACGUGGCGGAGACGAGCGGCCCGCGGCGCGUCAACAUGAAGAUGAUCUGAAGCCGCCGCCGCCUCACGCCGCGCGCAAAUAUCAGCCGGGGGGGAGAAAAAACGACACGUCUCUGUUUGUUUUUUAUGACAAAGUGGAUUUGUGACAAACGAAAGUGGUGUACUGUUAUAGUGGAUGUGGAUAUGACGGUGGUCUAGUGAUAAAGUGGACUUGUGAUAUAUGAAACCGUGUUUAUAUGGAAUAAUGUUCUCAUACAGUACACUCAAUAUAAUUCUAUAACCAACAUAUCAAUAUGGGCCUGAUAUAGUGUUGCACUAGGCGCGUGAUUCACUGCUGAUGUGAUGAGUAACGAUGCAGUCGCCUCGGCGUGACACCAAGGUGACGGAGGGGCCGG